AUGGGCCGAGGCAGGCUCCUGGCCUGCCUGGGGCUGGCCUGCUGCCUGCUGCUCCUGCUGGGGGGCUCAGGCAUCUCGGGGAGCCGGGGGACUCCACGGGGGCCCUGGAAGGAGGAGCAAGGCCUCAUGGCGGAGGGGGCACCGUGGGGCAGAGCGAGGUACGAAGCGGUGAAGAAGCACUUGCGAGCUGUGGGUGCUCUCUCCAAGCAGUAUUGGCAGUACCUGGCAUGCAAGGUGUGGCAGAAGGGCUGUGAAGAGGAGGAGGAUGAGUCCGGUCCCAGACCAGGCUGGAGCUUGCCUCUGGUGGGCCAGGAUUACCUGGAGAUCCUCUCUGCCUGGUACUGCAGCUUCGGCAAGUGCUGCGAGACGGGAGACUGCAGGAUAAUCAACAAUGUCACAGGGCUGGAAGCAGACCUCAAUGGGCAGCUUCACGGGCAGCACUUGGCCAAAGAAAUUGUCAUCCAGGCAGUGCAAGGGUUCCUGCAGAGCCCGCAGCCAAAGAAAGCUCUGGUCCUCUCGUUCCACGGCUGGUCUGGCACAGGCAAGAACUUUGUGGCUCGGAUGGUGGCCAGUCACCUGUACCGGGACGGGCUGAAGAGCGAGUGUGUCAGGCUGUUCAUCUCACUCUUCCACUUCCCCCAUCACAAGUAUGUGGACUCGUACAAGGCUCAGCUGAAGAAGCAGAUAAGUGAGACUGUGCAGCACUGCAGGCACUCCCUGUUCAUCUUCGAUGAGGCAGAGAAACUUCACUUCAGGCUCCUGGAUGCCAUCAAGCCCUUCAUGGCUCGCUCUUACGAAAAGGACCAGGUGGAUUACCGGAGAUCCAUCUUCCUCUUCCUCAGCAAUCUCGGUGGCAGUGCCAUCAAUGAGGUAGCCCUGGACUUCUGGCGAGCCGGCCGGGCGCGGGAGGAGAUCUCCAUGGAGUUCCUGGAGCAGCAGCUACGGCAGGAGCUGCUGGAGUCUGCAGAGGACGGUUAUGCCCACAGCCACCUCCUCAAAGAGAACCUCAUAGAUUUCUUCGUGCCGUUCCUGCCCCUGGAGUACCACCACGUGAAGCUCUGUGCACGGGAUGCUUUCCUGGCCCGUGGACUUCCAUACACAGAGGCAGCCCUCGAUGAGGUGGCCAGGACGAUGGUGUUUGUCCCCAAAGAGGAGAAGCUUUUCUCUGCACAGGGCUGCAAAUCCGUACCUCAGCGCAUCAAUUACUUCCUUCCUUGA